AUGUCAUUCACCAAGAAUCAGAAGAACGAGCAAGUGGGUCAAGCGUCAUGGGGAGAAAGUUUUACCUUCUCGGUCACAGCAAAGGAGCUUCAUCGCGGCGGUGCCGAUUCGAGACUAGUCGUUUAUCUGAAAGACAAGAGUAUGAUCGUGGACGCACGACUUGGAUCGGCAACUCUGGAUAUUGACGCGAGAAUCAAUGCAUCUGCUACAACGGAAGAGCUGGUACUAAGGGACCAGUCCGACAAGCCGAUCGGAUAUCUUACACUAAAGGUGGAAGUCACUGGCUCUGCCACAUCGUCACGCUCGAUGUCGCUCCAAUCUAUCGAGUCAGCCGAAGAUAUGGCACAUCUACCACCAGAUGCAGUCAAGGCCGGCACUAUCCGCGUUUCAUGCGUGUUCGAGUAA